AUGGCGGGCGGUGCGGCGGUGGAGAAGCAGGUCCUUUUCGUUUCGGCCACCGUCUUGGAUGAACCGCCAGGAGUCGAGAUCCUCUUGGGCGAAUACCGUGAGAUCGGGAAGAAUCAUGGAAAGCCGGUGUUCCGGAGGAAGAGGAACGAAGACCAACCGGACAUCUACAUCUAUUUCUGGGACAAGCGUGAUGGACCCGAGUUCACCGGCUGGUGGUUUGGCGAAGCUGUUGGAACCUCACAUGUCUGGAGCCGCUGCGAGCUUCCCACGGCUUCGAUACCGGCGCCGGUUCCGUCGCCACCGGCCCAGGGAUGGCGGAUCCCGUGGGACGGUGCGGUGAAGGCGGAUCUCCGGAUACGCCGGGCGAAGGCUGAAGUGAAAGAGGAGCGACUGUCGAAGGACGAGUUGCCCUUGGAGCAACAGGAGGAGAAGCUCCUGGUUUGCAUGGAUCAGGUGGCCUUCGCGGAGGCGGAGUCCACGGAGGUCUUAGACUCCGCAGUGGCGAUGUUGGAAGGCGAGGUCACACAGGAUGCUGCUGAAGCAGUCGUGGAAUUGGUCCAAACGCAGCUGGAGGUGCUGAUGCAAGCGCAUCGUUUCGUGGCAGCGGAAAUCAUCAUGGCCAGAAAAGAGGCACCCAAGGUGCUGACGAGGCUGCAGAAGCUGACGCCGCGCGUGCGCGCCGUGCAGGGCGGCCUGGCGCAGGUGCUCAAGGAGGCGAAGACAUACUUGGCGCCGCAGGCCUGGCAUGGCCGCAAAGAAGCCCCGAGUGGGCUGAUGGAGUCGGAGUUGACUCCCGUGACGAACAUCUGUGGCAAAGGUUUCCAGCCCUGCGAACCAGUGACCUUGCCAUGCUGCGGGAUUGUGAUCUUUUGCAAGAGCUGCAUGGAGACCAUUUGCCUGGGAGACGGCCGAGGCCGCUGUCCCACCUGCAAUCAGCACUUGAGAGUGGAUUCGGUGGGUGUGCUGUCCGUCGAGCAUCGUGAGGCUGACGCUGCACCUGAGCUCGCAUCUGCUGAGAACCACGCUGGCACUGCAUCUGAGGGAGCAUCUGCUGAGAACGAUGCUGGCACUGCACCUGACGGGGCACCUGCUGAGAACGAUGCUGGCACUGCACCUGAGGGAGCACCUGCUGAGAACGAUGCUGGCACUGCACCUGACGGGGCACCUGCUGAGAACGAUGAUGGUGCAGGUGUGCUUUCCAUCUCUGAGAACCGCCAGCAGUGCUUGAUGUGCUGCCAAAUGCAUAUCAUCGUGGGCCAAGGUAUGUGUGAAGCCUGCAAUUUGGGACGCAGAUUUUGUUUUCGCUACGAAUGUGCAAGAUGCCAUCGCAUUCAGGAGAUUCCUCAUCCCAUGUGGCGUUACCAGAAGGGUCCCAACGACUAUGGCACGGCCAGCUGGGCCUGUCAUGAGGGCUGUGACGCCUUUACGCACUGGCGCAUCAUUCCAGAAGAUGUGAGCCAGGUUCCGGCGACGGAAUGCCCUGAGUCCUGGGGGCACUCGGAGUGCCCUGCUGAAAACUGCUGA